UUCGUACGCCGUAUAUAUGGCAUCAAAGCAUUCAUUUCCCAGCACAAUUUAUUCUAACCAUAGAGGUAGAAGUCUCCCUUGUUACAGUAGUAGGCUAUACAUGUAUAUCUUUUAUCAUCAGUACAAUACGAUAAUCGGAUGUGACUCAAGCUGAAUUUGGAAAGAAAUCCCGGGAGAGAACUUAACAAUAGGUGAGAGGUAACAUUUGUUUGAAUGUUGUGGAAUGAUAGAAGACUCAUCGCAAAGAACAUCUUAGAUAUCGGAACAAAAUCUAUUUUGACAUUGUAUAAUGGCAUUUACAAUGUCGGGCUUACUUCACACUUCUCUCCCGUUACCAGAGUGAUUGAAUCCAAAUAUUCAGACUUCCCCGUGGGUACAGUCGUUAUGCACCGUUACGGCUGGUGCACUCACGCCGUGCUGAACGCCAAGGAGCAGGAUCCCCAGAGUCCCAUCCGGAAGGCUCCGGCAGACUACCCGAAGGACCUGCCGCUGUCUCUGCUGUUAGGAGCCGUCGGGAUGCCUGGCAUGACUGCCUACUUUGGUUUGCUGAAGUUGUGUGAUCCCAAGGAGGGAGAGACGGUCUUCGUCAACGGCGCCGCGGGUGCUGUCGGGAAUCUUGUAGGACAGAUAGCUAAGAUCAAGGGCUGCAAGGCAGUCGGUGCAGCCGGGAGUGACGCCAAGGUGGCCUGGCUGAAGGAAAUUGGCUUUGACGCCGCCUUCAACUACAAAACUGUGUCUUCAUUGGACGCAGCUCUGAAGGAGGCAGCGCCCAAUGGGAUCGACUGUUACUUUGACAAUGUGGGAGCAGACUUCACCAGCACCGUGCUGAACCACAUGAACCAGUUCGGACGUGUGGCCAUCUGUGGCAGCAUCUCAACUUACAACGACAAGGACCCGGCCGGCAGGGGUCCCUACCCAUUCGUGACGAUCCUGUCCAAGCAGUUAACCGUCACUGGGUUCAUCGUCCUGCGCUGGUUUCCGGAAUGGCCACAGGGAAUGGCUCAAAUGGUGCAGUGGAUCAAAGAGGGAAAGAUCAAGCACAGGGAACACGUGACCGAAGGUUUUGAAAACAUGCCCAAAGCUUUCAUGGGCAUGCUUGUGGGAGAGAACACCGGCAAGGCUGUCGUCAAGGUCUGAGGAGAACAACACAAGGACCAAAAAUCAGCAGAACAUACAGGAGAGACAUCCUAGCUAUGACUUGAUGAAUACAGCUGCAAGAAAGACAUGAAAUCUUGAGAUUAAAAUUUGAUAUGAAACU